AUGUCUGCGGUAGAGGUUUUGUCCAAGUUCGCCAAGUUUAUUGGGCCAGGUAUUCUCAUCAGUGUUGCUUAUAUGGACCCUGGCAAUUACUCUACCAGUGUAUCCGGUGGUGCACAGUUCCAAUAUCAGCUGCUGUUUGUGGUUUUUGUCUCGAACAUCUUUGCAGUGGUUUUGCAAUGUCUGUGUGUGAAGCUGGGGACUAUAACAGGCAGAGACUUGGCUGAAAAUUGUCGUCGACACCUACCUCAUAAGUUGAACGUGGCAAUUUUCGUGUUUGCUGAACUCGCUAUCGUGGCUACCGAUUUGGCAGAAGUCGUUGGAACAGCUGUAGCAUUGCGAAUUCUAUUCCACAUACCAUUGUUGUGGGGUGUUGCGUUGACGAUUUUGGAUGUCCUGGCGAUCUUGAUAUUCUAUAAGCCUGAAGCUCAGUCCAUGAAACAGGUGCGUUUGUUUGAAAUGUUCGUCACAACUUUGGUCGCGGCCACUGUGGUUUGUUUUAUCUUGGAACUUUUCAAAAUUUCUAUACCCAACAAACUUGCUGUUUUCAAGGGCUACUUCCCAUCAACUAUCAUCCUGGAAAAUAACCAGGCCAUGUACAUUUCUUUGGGAAUCUUAGGUGCCACUGUCAUGCCACAUUCGCUCUUUUUGGGCUCCUCAGUCGUCAAACCCAGACUGCAUGAUUAUGAUCUCAAACAGUACGGGAAAGUUAGCCGUAAACCUUCCCUAGCGGCCAUCAAGUACACUUUGAACUACUCAUAUGCGGAACUGAUCAUUUCCUUGUUUCUCAUAGCUACGUUUGUCAACUCAGCCAUUCUUAUCGUUGCAGCUGCAACAUUGCAUGGACAGCCCGAUGCAGAAGACGCCGACCUCACAUCAAUCUUCCAACUGCUGAGCUACUACAUUUCUCCAGCCGCAGGUUUGAUAUUUGCGCUUGCGAUGCUUUUCUCGGGCCAAUCUGCCGGUGUAAUUUGUACAAUGGCAGGUCAAAUUGUCUCGGAGGGAUUUUUGAAAUGGACUCUCAAACCAUGGGUUACUAGAUUCGUGACAAGACUGAUUGCUAUAUUGCCUUGUUUCUUUGUUGCUGCCCUUUUCGGUGAAAAGGGUGUUUCCAGCAUCUUAAAUUUGAGUCAAGUUGUGCUGUCACUGAUCCUUCCUAUUGUAUCAGCGCCUCUAAUCUACUUCACUUGCAACAGCAAGAUCAUGUCGGUGGAUGAAAGCAGGCAGUUGAACCCAGACGAAUACGAAGCCACCGAGACUACAGCAUUGACGUCAAGACCAGUAGGAAAAGUCAACUAUGCCAACAGCAGAUGGCUCGCCAUAACCUCCAUCUUGGUUUGGAUUACGAUUAGUGGAUUGAACUGCUACCUUGUUAUAGCUUAUCUGUCAGGAGCCGACGUUCACUUUUAA